UGUCUUGCUUGCGCGUUCACGUGUCGCCCAUCAAACUGUCACAACUUGUUUGAAGACCUUCAACAAAGUCGGUGUAAAAACCACCUAAACGCGGGUACAUCGGCCGUACAGCGAAAAGAUGUGGAAGUCAGUCGUGGGCCACAAUGUGAACAUGAAGGUGGCUUCAGAGGGGGACGACUGGGAGACAGACCCUGACUUCGAGAAUGACGUGUCGGAGCAGGAGCAGAGGUGGGGAGCAAAGACCGUCGAUGGCUCGGGACGGAAGGAGCACAUCAGUAUCGCAGAGCUCAGAACAAAGGUCGCCGUGGAGCACGAGCAGGUGAAGCAGAAGGACCACACUCCCAAAGCGUCAUACGGAUAUGGAGGGAAGUUUGGAGUGGAGAAGGACCGAAUGGACAAGGUGGCUUUGGGGCACGACUACGUGGCACAAGUUGAGCAGCACUCUUCCCAGAAAGAUGCAGCACAAGGGUUCGGAGGGAAGUUUGGUGUUCAGAAAGAUCGAGUUGAUAAGUCUGCCAUGGGUUUCGAAUACAAAGGAGAGGUGCAGCAACAUGUGUCUCAAAAAGAUUACUCAAAGGGAUUCGGAGGAAAGUACGGGGUGGAGAAGGAAAAAGUGGACAAGGCGGCUUUGGGGUACGACUAUAAAGGCCAGACAGAGAAGCACCAGUCACAAAAAGACUACUCGAAGGGAUUUGGAGGGAAGUACGGGGUGGAGAAGGAGAAGGUGGACAAAGCUGCUCUGGGGUACGACUAUAAAGGAGAAACAGAGAAGCACCAGUCACAGAAAGAUUACUCAAAGGGAUUUGGAGGGAAGUUUGGUGUCGAGAAGGAGAAAGUGGAUAAAGCCGCUUUGGGCUACGAUUAUAAGGGCGAGACAGAGAAACAUCAGUCACAAAAAGAUUAUUCAGCAGGUUUUGGAGGUAGUUAUGGAGUACAGGCAGACCGCAUGGAUAAGAGUGCAGCUGGCUUCUCAGACAUGGACUCUCCAACCUCUGCUUAUGAAAAGACACAACCAUUAGAGGCCUCAAGUGCAGGUGCAGGAAAGCUGAAGGCGCGUUUUGAGAACAUGGCCAAGGCUUCGGAUGAGGAGAACAGGAAGAAAGCAGAAGAGGAGAAAGCCAGGAGACAAGCCAGAGAGAGCAGAGAGCGCGAGCUAGCCAAACGCAGACAGGAGGAGGAGAGCAGAAGAGAGGAGGAAAUUCCACCACCUGUUCCAGAUGUGGCUCCAGAGUACGACAUGCCACCGCCAGAAAUCCCCCAGCACAUGGCAGAUAUGAAAGAAACACCUGAACCAGAACCAGAGCCGGAGGAGGAACCAGAGUACGAAGAGCCCCCGGCUUUGCCUCCACGCUCGGACGAUUUCCUCGAACCGGAUGUUCCCGCGCUGCCUUCCAGGUCAGCAGACGUGGACUAUGCAGAAGACGAUGGAGACUAUGAGGAACUUGCUGAGCCGCCUCCUCCAGUGCUGACAGCUACAGACAACGACUAUGAAGACCUGACAUGUGGCCAGAGGGCAGUGGCAAUUUAUGACUAUGAAGGAGAGGCUGACGAUGAGAUCUCCUUCAACCCGGACGACAUCAUCACCAACAUAGAGAUGAUUGACGAGGGCUGGUGGAAGGGACAGUGUCACGGACGCAUUGGUCUUUUCCCGGCUGCUUACGUUCAGCUGAUGCAGUGAGCGACACGUAGGGAGUUUCUGCACAAGCUUCACUUUUGCACAGUCUCAGGUUUCUUAGGUCGUUCAACGGAAGAAAAUUAUGUAUUUAUAGAAUGCAUCACAGAAAAUUUGUGCAAAAACGGCUUCUGGUCAACUGAUUUCUGUACUUUUACUGUGUAAUAUCUCACUUCGGGUCUGUGGCAAUGAGUAUCUGAGGGUAGUGUGAACACCAAACCCAUAUUAGUGGCAAGAAGUGACAUCUUGUAUCUGCAAUGAACUGAUUGGAGUCAAUAAAACAUUCUACACGCCA